UGGCUCAGGGGUACAAACUAUGUUGUCCCGGAACGGUUUAUUUCUGUGGGGGGGGCAGCGGCUUAAAUAUAGCGCUGUCAACAUACCCUUAGAAAGAUUGAGUCAACCCAAGUUGUUUUCACAACGGAAAGAUAGCAGAAGCAGCGUCGUUGCAAGAACGGCUGUUUCUCACGUGGCCUGCGGACCCCAAUCUAGCGCCUCUCCCCGCAUAUUCUUAUCACCUCCAGCUCCAAUUCUCCUCACCCGUUCUGCAUAACCGGCUUCCCUCGCUCGCUUUCCGGCUCAGCACCGCCAGACUAGACAUCUCCAUCUUCCAGGGCCGAGUAGACACCCCAAUUUGCUGUGUCGUUGUAUAUAAUUGAAAUUGGGCAACUCAUUGAGUUCACUGUCAUCGAAAAGCAACGUCCGGAAGCUCACGAGACCUGCCCACCCUCAGCGAUGGAGACGAUACAGAGACCAUACUUGAAAUCUCUCGGCACUAGAGGUUACAUACGAGGAUGUACUAUCUCAACUAGAUCUUCUAACACACCGCUGUGUCAUUACUUUGGCGGACUCCGCUAUGCUUUGCCUCCAAUAAAACGCUGGCGAAAGGCUCAGGAAUUGCCCCCGACAUAUAGUUACGGCACCAAGGACCGCCCCUACCAAUGCCCUGGCGCUACACAGAGUUGCCCACAAGCGACCUUUUUUAACCUCUCCAGCACAGCGGCUGGAAAUGAGGAUUGCUUCCAGUGUAACGUUUGGGUUCCACUUGGAGAUCCUCCGGGAAACGGAUGGCCUGUGCUCUUCUUCAUCCACGGAGGCUUUUUACAAUUUGGUUCACCGAACUCCUUCUCUGUCGCGGCUCUCUUAGGCGAGACAGAUCUCAAUGCCAUUACUGUGAUGCCAGCCUACCGCCUGAACGUUCUCGGGUUUCUGUAUUCCUCGGAAUUAGAACAAGAUGCCGCCUCUGUGGGUGAGACUGUCGGAAAUCAUGGAUUCUGGGACCAGCGCAUGGCCCUUGAAUGGACCAACAAGAACAUUGGCUUCUUCGGCGGCAACGGUUCUCAAAUCACCCUCGCUGGAUACUCCGCAGGCGCAUAUUCUGCCUGCUACCAACUAACGUAUGACCUCAACCUACCGGACUCCCAAGCCCUCGUCAAACGAGCCUGUAUCUGGUCAAACUCCUUCACCGUACAACCAAAACCCCCCAGCCUCGCUCAAGCGCAAUUCAUCCAAUUGCUCUCCGCCCUCAACAUCCCCAUUUCCCUCUCCAGCCAAGAGAAAAUAGCCCGCCUCCGCUCCACCCCCGAGCGCACCCUCCUCUCCGCCGCAGCCAGCAUCGACCUGCACGAAUUCCGCCCAACAACAGAUAACACCUUCAUCCCAAACAACCUCUUCCACACCCUCGACAACGGCACCCUCGCCUCCAAGCUCGUAGCUCGCAACAUCCACAUCAUCACUGGCGAAUGCCGCGAUGAACACUUCCUCUACGGCACCUACCGCCGCCCCUUUAAAAACACCUUCGGCUACCUCCGCGCCCGCUUACUAGCAGACUACCCACGGCCGAUUGUCGACGCUCUCAUGAAAACAUACUACCCCAACGGCACGCUCCCGCGCAACUGCAAAGACUGGACCUCCGACGCCUUCGGCCGCAUCUACGCCGACAUGCAGAUCCACGCAAUGCAGCGCGGGUUCAUCUACGCCCUCACAAACCCCAUCACGGGUAACCCCACGGUGGGUGCACAGGUUGAUAAGCUUAUUCACCGGUACCGCAUGGAGUACCGUCUUAAGUGCGCGGACCGCUCCGCGCCGCCCGAGUGGGGGGUCACGCAUGCAACGGACCAAUAUAUCUGGUUCUGGGGGAAUGGCGACAUUGUUCUCCCUAAUGAGAAGGCUAUUAUUAAGAAUGCGGUGAUCGACCCGUUUAUUCGACUUGUUCAUGGCGAGCAAGAUCUGGGUUGGGGGACCAGCAGUUAUAGGGAAAUGAGGACGUUGAAGCCUGAUGGUUCGGUGGAGAUUUGGCGCGAUGAGCUUUGGGAUGAUGCGGUAAGGACUUGGAAGGCGUUGAGGGAGGUUUCGGUGUUUAACGACGAUGGCGUGUCUCCGAGGCUUUAGGUGUGGUUAGGGUUGGGGCGAAUGCUCUACCCCACUCUGUAUAGACUAUUACUUGUUGCUUGUAAAUAGAUGCUGGGAUACUGUCCUGAUUGUACGAUGAUACAUCUACUACGAGAGUUUCAAAACUCGUCCAAUAGGAUGAAAAGAAUAUCGAGAUAGUCUGCUG